CAGAUAUGAUAAUUUGUUAAUGUUAAAAUAAGUAUUUGAGGCUGGGGAGGCGUAAGAAAAGUAUGAUGACGUUUUUUCGUAAGCUGGCGUUAUUGCCAGUUUUGCUAACAUUAGUUAAAUCAGACUUCCCUCUUGAUUUUGAGGAAUCAAUAGUUAGAAAUAACGCUGGAGAUGAAAUCUAUAGACUUCCUGAAGAUCUUGAUCCUAUUCAUAUUAAAGUUGAAAUCACUCCGUAUUUUGAAGCUGAAGACAAUAAGGAAGCAUUUACAUUCGAUGGUCUUGUUGAAUUAACUAUUCGAGCAGUUAAAGAUAACGUUUCGUCACUGGUCAUUCAUGAGAAUGUCAGGGAAAUACAGGCAUUGACAUUAACAAAUGAAGCUGACGUUCCAUUGGCUUUGGACCUACUCAGGCCGUUUGAAAGAAUUCGUCAACAUCAUUUCUUACGAAUUAACUUGAGACAAGGAACCACAUUGGUAAAUUCGGAAAUUUACAAAUUGAGUAUUCAUUAUGUUGGUAAUAUUAAUGAGACCCCAUUGAGUCGAGGUGUAUUCAGAGGAAGUUAUAAAGGCAGUGAUGGAAAAAUUCAUUGGUAUGCAGCGUCACACUUACAACCAACCAAUUCGAGACAAGCGUUCCCCUGUUUUGACGAGCCUGGCUACAAAUCCACUUUUGAUAUCAUAGUUAAUCGUCCAGAACAUUUUACACAGACUUAUUCAAACAUGGCAAUUAAAGAAGAAAUACGCAUGGGAAAUCGUCGUAAAGAAAUAUUCCAUUCAACACCGAGGAUGUCAGCGUACCUAGUGACAGUGCACAUCAGCGAAGAGUUUACUGUAAUCGCAGAUAAUAAUAAUGCAACAGCUUCAUACCGUGUUCUUGCAAGACCUAAUGCUCGGGGCCAAGGUGAAUACGCAUUGGAAGUUGGACCACUAAUAACUACAUGGCUUGAGAAAUAUUUCGAUAUUCCAUACUAUACGAUGGCUGAAAAUAUGAAAAACGAUCAGAUAGCCUCUCCGGAUUGGGCGUCUGGUGCUACUGAAAAUUGGGGUUUAGUUUCAUACAGGGAACUACGUCUACUUUACGAAGAAGGUGAGACUAAUGCCUUAGAUAAGAUGACCAUUGGAACUAUCAUCGCUCACGAGCUUGCUCACAAGUGGUUCGGCAACCUCAUCACUUGCAGAUGGUGGGACAAUGUGUGGAUCAAUGAAGGCUUUGCUAGCUACUUUGAAUAUUUUGCUAUGGAUGGUGUCGAUCGUACCAUGGAACUAGAAGAUCAGUUCAACAUUAGAUAUUUACAAAGUGCUUUAUCUUCUGAUGCGUCAGCUUCAACGAGAGCUCUGCAGCAUACUGUGAAUUCACCAGCUCAAGUUACGGGACAUUUUAGUGGUAUCAGUUAUACAAAAGGAGCUUCUUUGUUAUUAAUGUUGAAACAUUUCAUCGGCGAGUCGACGUUUAAGAAAGCCUUGAACUAUUUUCUUCUUAAAAGGUCUUAUGAGUACGCUUUUCCUUCAAAUCUAUAUAAUAGUUUUGAAAAAGUUGUCGCAGAAGACGAUGUUCUCAGUGGAAAUUUGAAUAUUGCUCAGAUAAUGCAGUAUUGGGUUGAAGAACCUGGAUACCCAGUGCUCAAUGUUAAUGUUAACAUGGAAAAUGGAAAUAUAAGGCUUACACAGGAGCGUUUUUUCAUCAGUGCUUCAGCGUUGUCGACCCCGCAAGUGUGGCCAUUACCUCUUACGUUUACAACGGGCAAAAACCCUGAUUGGAAUAAUCUCAAACCAUCACAUGUAAUGGUUAACAGGACAAUGGAAAUUCAAAAAGAACCAGGACAUGAUUGGGUUAUAUUUAAUGUGCAGCAAAAAGGUAUAUAUCGAGUCAAUUACGACACGCAUACGUGGGAAAUGAUUGCUGAUGCCCUUAAAAAUAAAUCGAAUAUUCAUCAUUUGAAUAAAGCACAAAUUGUCGACGAUGUUUUUGCCCUUAUGAGGUCAGAACGCAUGUCAUAUGAUUUAGGCUUCAAGGUUUUGGAUUUCCUUAAAGAAGAAACGAAUUAUUACUCCUGGUUCCCAGCAGUUUCAGGCUUUAGCUGGUUAAGGAAUAGAUUCUUACACUUGCCUGAUACCUUGAGACAGUUUGACGAAAUUCUUUAUGAAUUCUUGGAUGCCGUUAUUAAAGACUUGGGCUACGAAGUCGAAGCUGGAGAACCCCUUACUAGGACGUUAAACCGCUUCACCAUACUUUCAUUUGCUUGCGAUAUCGGUCAUGAAGGAUGCGUCAACAAUGCCAUCACGAAAUUCAACGCGUUAGUCACGGACGGAAUCAGUGUAAAUCCUAAUCUGAGACGACACGUCUUCUGCCAAGGUUUACUAGAUGGUGGUCUAGAAGCUUGGCACUUCCUUCAAAAACGUAGAACAAAUUCAAACAAUCAAGCCGAUCAAUUUGCAAUGCUUCGAUCUCUCGGCUGUACUACUAACGAACAAGCUAUACAAGAGUUCUUAAAAAUGAUUCUCAGUGACGACCUCAAAGCUCAAGACAGCGUCAAUGCCUUCACAUUCCUCUUAAUGGGUAGUAGAGGAAACGCUAAAAUAGCAUUACAAUUCCUUAAAGAGAAUGUAGAUAAUAUAGCAAAGAAAGUCGUCCUGCCAACGUGGUUCGCUAAUGUCUUGAGUAAUCUAGCCGCCUAUAUGGACGAAGAAGGUCUUAACGAUAUGGAGCAGUGGCUUCAUGCCAAUCAAGAAUCAGUACCAAGUGCUCAAGCCGGACUGAGCGCUAUUGAAUCCGCACGUGAUAAUAUAAGAUGGGGUUCAGAUCGAGCUCAGAGUAUCUUAAGAGCUGCAAGAGGUUCCGCGACUGUAGCAAUCCCAGCAACCGUGUUAUUGUUAACGACAUCUAUCGCUCUGCUGUUAAGAUGAAAUUAUCCCUAAGCUAGUGUAUUUUGUCAUUCGUCAAUAUUACAAAAUAAAUCUGAAAUAUAUAAGA